AUGGACUUCGGGGUUACUAUCCCCCAAGCAGUCCUUGGCUUCACCACCCUUGACUUGCGUCUGUCGAACGACGUGAACUCACGGUCACAACACCUGUUGCUUCUUCCCGCCUACAUUGCCGCACUCUCAGCAUGCUUUCUGCUCAUUUGCGUGGUCCUUCCUCCUCGAAACCUGUUCAAGCGCGUCCAAACAGACGUUUCGGACACUCAGAUUCGUAUUGGAAUUGGUGAAAUUUGGGCAUGGCGCCUGGCCAGAGUAGUCGGAUGUCUUGCUUUAGUAGGUGUGUCAAUAUCAGCCACCUAUGACGAGCUGCAAGAGGACAAGAAGGCCCCGCCAGUGGGUCCCUCUGAUUUUGAAUGGUGGACUCGUUUGGCACUGCUGAACGGCCCAUAUGUUUAUGCUCUAUCUCUCUCCCUCCCAACACUCAGUCCAAAGCACUAUCGGCAGAACCUCGUCCGCCAUGCAAAUCUGGUGCUGUUCGCGGCGUUUGUCGUCUACGCCUGCCGCGAUUUGCUGCCUCUUGCGACUUUCACGCUCAGUCCUCUCGACCACGGUCCCAAAAUGGCAGCCAAGAUUGCUUUGGUGUCUUUCACCGGUGUCGUUGUCCCCUUAUUCACCCCACGGCUGUACAUUCCCGUUGACCCGAAGAAUCCGCAAGCUGUUAUCAAUCCUGAACAAACCGCAUCUAUAAUCAGUUUUGCGCUAUACUUUUUCCUUGACCAGAUAACCUUGUCUGCGUAUCGCCAGUCGGGCCUCCCAGAAGAAGAACUAUAUGCGUUGUGCGAUACAGACCGCGCGAUAUAUCUGAAGGAGCGAAGCUUCAAGCAUCUCGAAGUCUUUUCUGGCGCCAAGCAGCGCUACUUGUUCUUCGGGCUUAUGCGCAUCUUCUGGAAAGAAUUUUGUGUUCUUACCGUCCUCAUCGUAUUCCGUUCCCUCGCCAAUUACUCUGGCCCUUUUGCGAUGAACCGAUUACUUGAAUAUAUCGAAACUCGUGAUCAGGUCGAUGGACACAUCAUGCGUCCCUGGGUUUGGAUUGCGUUGGUUGGCCUUGGGCCUAUUUACGGCUCCCUGGCUUUUCAACUGUACAUCUUUAUCAACACGCGAACUCUUGUACGGACGGAAUCCAUAGUCACUCAACUCGUUCUUGCGCAUAGCUUGCGUAUUCGCGUCAAGGCAGAAACUUCUAACGAGCAAAAGAAAGACCCGAUAUCUUCAAGUGAUGCAUCGACUUCUUCUCGAACAGAUCGCGAGACGGUAGCUGCAGAGGACGAUGCCUCCAGUUCGCAGCAAGAUGAAACUGAGUCGACUGCUGUGCAACCCAGCUCUGCAAGCGCCAAAUCUACGAAGAGCACAGGCACCGGUAGCUUGAAAAAGCCCGCGGAACGCCCAGGGGAGGAAAAGAAAGCUCAAGGCAGCAUGGUAGGCAAAAUCAACAAUCUGGUGACUACUGAUCUGUAUGUCUCUCAUUAUUUCUGGCCAAUAUUGGUAAAUCCAUUCGUUUGCCGAGAACGAUCAUGUGACUGCUUUGUCCCAGUCGAAAGUCGCGACUUCCUCGUGUUACUCGUUUACAACCCUGUUCAAAUCAUGCUCGGGAUCUACUUCUUAUAUGUGUUGCUGGACUGGGCUGUGUGGGUCGGCGUAGCCUCGAUCAUUCUGCUCGCACCGCUCCCCGGAUACAUGGCCAAGUUGGUGCAAAAUAUACAGAAGGAGCGACUAAAAAGGACGGAUGAGCGGGUCUCAAGUGUUAGCGAGGCUGUCAACGUCUUGAGAAUGGUCAAGCUUUUCGGUUGGGAGACAAAGAUGAAUAAGAGGAUUGUCGAUAAGAGAGACACGGAACUCGUUUGGAUCCGGAGACGUCGACUGUUAGACCUCGCAAGCAAUCUAGUUAAUUUCCUCAUUCCGGUGUGUUAUCACGAUGGUGGUGACAUAUGGAACCUAUGUAAGUUCAUCGUGCUGUGUUCUUAUCAUCAUGAAACUGAGACAGUUCAGACACUCAUCAUGGGACAGCCUCUAACUGCGUCCAAAGUUUUCAGUAGCAUGACAAUCUUCGAUUUCCUACGGGAUAAUAUUGCCAUGAUCACUGGUUGGAUCAACAACUUGAUGACUGGGAAAGUAUCUCUAGAUCGUGUUGAUGACUUUUUGAAGAAGACCGAACUUCUCGACACCUAUAACACCAAAGAUAUACUGGUGUUGCCUACAGAUCCUGCAUCCCAUGCACAAAUUGGCUUCCGCAAUGCGACAUUUUCGUGGGCAACGGAAGAUGAUGAGCAGCACUCACGGUCAAGGCGGCAGUUCCGGCUCAAAAUCGCUGAUGAAGUCCUGUUCAAGCGUGGCAAGAUCAACCUGGUGGUCGGGCCGACGGGAUCCGGCAAAACGUCUCUGCUGAUGGCCCUUCUCGGUGAAAUGCAUUUUAUCCCAUCUUCUCCCACCUCGUGGUUCAAUCUGCCUCGCGAUGGAGGUGUUGCCUAUGCUGCACAAGAAUCAUGGGUCCUCAAUGAGACGAUUCGCGACAAUAUCACCUUCGACACACCGUACGAUAAGGAACGAUAUGCCAAGGUGUUAUACCAGUGCGCAUUGGAACAAGACUUGGUGCUGUUUCAUGCGGGUGACCAAACGGAGGUCGGGGAGAAAGGACUGACACUGUCUGGCGGGCAAAAGGCUCGUCUUACCCUUGCGCGAGCUGUGUACUCCAAAGCCGAAAUUCUACUUCUUGAUGAUGUUUUGGCAGCUCUUGAUGUCCAUACCGCACAACACAUCGUCGAGAAUCUCUUUGCUGGCGACCUCAUCGAGAAUCGCACUGUCAUUCUCGUCACACAUAAUAUUGCGCUAACGAAACCAAUUGCCGACUUUAUCGUUACUUUUGACGCUGACGGUUGUAUUCAAGCACAGGGGACUGUCUCAGAGAUAACCAAGCGCGCCUCUGUAGCAGCUCAAAUCCACGAGGAGCAGAGGAAUAUUCACAAGCAACAGCAGGUGGUUGACCUCAAAAUGCCAGGCGACACCAAACCCAAUUUGACCGAUGGGAAGUUGAUUCUCGCGGAAGAGAUACAGGUCGGUCAUGUCAAUGCUUCCGCUCUGAAAAUGUACCUUGUUGGCAUGGGUGGAAAGCAUCCCGUCAUGUUCUUUGUGUUUUUCUACAGUGGGCUGUUUAUCAACCAGGCACUGACGACUUUGCGGACAUGGAUGCUUGGGUGGUGGGCAAAGCAGUAUGAUGAUAGGCCUGCCAACGAAGUCGACAUUGUCUUAAACCUUUCUCUGUUUAGUGCGCAUCUGCUGUUGCAUUUGCAUCCACUGCUGCGAUGGCUAUUGUUUUUGUCCUCCUGGUGUUUGGACAACUACGAGCAUCAAAGGUGGUUAGAUAUCACCCCCGUCUCUCGCAUCAUUGCACGAGUGACGAACGACAUCCGGGCAGUAGACGAUGCAAUCCCCAACCAACUGUGGCCCCUCACUAGCCUGCUCGUCUCCAUGGUAGUACGAUUCGGCUCAAUCGUGUUAUACGCUCCGGUGUUUUUCUUCCCUGGAGUCGCAAUUGGGGCUGUCGGUGCUUGGAUUGGCCAGAUCUACAUUGCCGGGCAGCUUCCUGUGAAGCGCUUAAUGUCAAAUACGCGCGCUCCAGUUGUCGCUCACUUUGGGGCAGCAAUCUCAGGAUUAGUGUCCAUCCGUGCUUUUGGCGCUGAGGAGAAGUUUAAACAGGAGUCUCUCAUCAAGAUAGACCGAUACACUCGUGCAGCGCGCAAUUUCUAUAACUUGAAUAGGUCGGUUCUUACUGGUGUUCUUCAGUUGUCAUUUGCUCAUCGCGGUCACGUGAUGAUUAGAUGGGUCUCAAUUCGCGUGGACAUUCUAGGGGCACUCUUCUCCGCCGGGCUUGCCGCGUAUCUCGUAUACAUUAAGCCGGCAUCAGCAGGAGAUGCAGGCUUCCUCAUCAACAUGGCGGUCACGUUUACUCAAAUGUUGCUCUGGGUUGUCCGCUUUCUAAACCAGUUUGAAGUUGAAGGCAAUAGUCUUGAGCGAAUUCAGAGCUAUAUCGAGAUAGAUCACGAGAAACCAGCCACCCUGGAGGGCAAACCGCCUGCAUAUUGGCCGAGUAGUGGAGAACUCGUUGUCGAAAAUCUCACGGCGAGGUACUCUGAGGAUGGACCGGCGGUUCUUAAGGGGAUUACCUUUCACGUCAAGGCGGGGGAGCGGAUCGGUAUUGUUGGACGGACGGGCUCUGGGAAGAGCUCUCUAACGCUGUCAUUAUUGCGAUGCAUACCAACUGAAGGUUCCGUUCGUUACGAUGGCCUCGAGACGUCGAGCAUGAACCUCGAUGCCCUCCGCACAAGUAUCACAAUCAUCCCGCAGGUGCCUGAGCUCCUCAGCGGGACGCUCCGUUCGAACCUUGAUCCCUUUGGACAAUACGAUGAUGCCGAGCUCAACUAUGCUCUCCGUGCUGCCGGGCUGUUCUCUCUCCAGAGUGAAACAGACGAAGGACGCAUUACACUGGAUAGUACUAUUGCUGCGGGUGGCAGCAAUCUGAGCGUAGGGCAAAGACAAAUUUUCGCAUUGGCAAGGGCAAUUGUGAGGAAGAGUAAAAUUUUGAUCCUGGAUGAAGGUAUCCUACUUCGGCAAUUGACUACAAAACGGGUGACUCGAGCGCUUGUUAUUGAAGUUGUUGUCUCAUCAUUGCUGGCAGAUUCAAUCAUCCAAGCCUCUUUGCGCCGAGAGCUCAGUAAAGACGUCAGCUUGCUCACUGUAGCACAUCGGCUCCAAACCAUCAUGGAUGCGGACAAGAUCUUGGUGUUGGAUGCAGGAAACAUCGUGGAAUUUGACAGUCCGAAAGAGCUUCUGAAGAUCCGAGGUGGAAAGCUACGUGCGCUCGUUGAAGAGUCGGGGGACAGGGAUGCAUUAUAUGCCAUGGCUGGUGCUACACGAUCAAAGGAAUAG